AACGCCUCGUCUCCCGGCGGCCGCCAUAUUGGCCGGCUCCCUGGGCGCCGCCAUGUUUUGAGAGUCGUUCCCAGGAGCAGCAGCCGCCUCAGUCAGAGAAGAAAAGACGGGAAGAGGAGGAGGAGGAGAGGAAAGAGGAGAGGGGCUGCCUCCCUCCCACCGAGUCAGCCAUGUCUGAGACUUAUGAUUUUCUCUUCAAAUUCCUGGUAAUUGGAAGUGCUGGAACGGGAAAAUCCUGCCUCCUGCAUCAAUUCAUUGAAAACAAAUUCAAGCAGGAUUCCAAUCAUACAAUUGGGGUGGAAUUUGGAUCAAAAGUGGUGAAUGUUGGUGGCAAGACGGUGAAGCUCCAGAUCUGGGAUACAGCUGGGCAAGAGCGCUUUAGGUCAGUAACAAGAAGCUAUUACCGAGGGGCCGCAGGAGCGCUCUUGGUCUACGACAUCACCAGCAGAGAGACGUACAAUGCCUUGACAAACUGGCUAACAGAUGCCCGGACCCUAGCCAGCCCCAACAUAGUCAUCAUUCUCUGUGGCAACAAGAAAGAUCUGGAUGCUGACCGAGAAGUUACAUUUUUGGAAGCUUCACGUUUUGCUCAGGAAAAUGAGUUAAUGUUCCUUGAGACCAGCGCCUUGACCGGGGAGAAUGUAGAAGAAGCUUUCCUAAAAUGUGCUCGGACUAUACUGAACAAAAUUGAAUCAGGUGAGCUGGAUCCAGAGCGGAUGGGCUCAGGCAUCCAGUACGGGGAUGCUUCCUUGAGGCAACUGCGGCAACCCCGAGGAACCCAAGCACAGACCCGACAACAAUGCAACUGCUAGAGCCAAAAUUCAAGCAUGCUGAAAACUGUCUUGCGAGUGCUGGAAUUCAGUUGCGCUGGACCCAGGGCUGUAUGAAGCACUUUCUUCCGUUCCAUUCCCCAGGACUACGUGUCUUGUUGGCCGAAGCUCUCUUGAGCCUUUGCAAGGAACCUGGCUCCAUCUCCAUGCUGUCACCGCCCUCCCCUUCCUUUUUGCCUCGCAUCCGGAUGGAAUGCUUUGCAAGUUAAGUUCUCAGACACAGGCUUCCACGCAGGAGGUGUGCAAGGGAGACUCUGGCUUCGGUGGACUCUGGUCCCUUUUCUAUGCUGAAGGCCAAGCCCCUUCUUCUGGCUCUCUGUGACUGUGAUGGCUUUGACGUCCAGAGCAACAGGCUCAUAAAAGGUGGUGGGGAACCCCAGAAAGAAUCGGCCUCCUCAGCUCCCUCAUCCUCUUCUGCACUCAACUGCUUUUGACUUAAUAUGGCAACAUAAUAUGAUUGUGGUUUUAGGGGGUGAAAAAGGGGGCACUUGGGUCAUUUUGGAGAUAUUUCAUUUCUCCUCUCUUAAGUGUAAACCUUCAUUCCAUCUUUGUAGGAGAAGUUGCCAUGUCCCCCCCUCCCGUAUAUGUGAAAGUGCACAAAACAUUUCUGGGGAUCCUCAGAUGCUAUCCCCUUCCAGCUAUUUCUGAAUAUUCUGCCUUGGUGGCAAAACCAAAAGACCCCUCUUCUCCUCCCUCAUAGCAUUUCCAGUGAUGAGUCUAAAUUUCUAUUCACACUAGGUCCUAUUGUGUUUUUGUUUGAUUCUUUGGUACCACUUCUCUGAAGAUAUCUCCUCUGUUUGGUUUUUUAAAAAGCUAUAAGUUUGUACGGUUUUCAGGCACUUUCUCGCUAUCCCCAGUCCCAUGUUAUCCCCUCUCCCCGGCUGAAAGAGAAAUGGCAUUGUGUGCCUGGGGUUGUGUGCUGAAUCAGUUGUUACUGUUUGCUGGAAGUUCCCGGUUUGGUCUGUGAGCACUUCUAAUAAGGAUCUUAGACCUUUUGAGCAGGAAACAUUGCAUAUGUGAUCAUGUCUCUCAUAGUGGAGGAAGGAGGUGGACAUAACAUGUUUGUCCUUCCCUGGAGGCCUUUACAGCCAUCAGCUGGCGUUUUCUGAGAUUCCAGUGUGCUGUCAAGCUCCUGUGCCUUAAAACCUUUGACCAGGCACCUCUGUGAACGCUUGUGAGUUUUUAAGGCCCAGUUGCUUCUUUUUUUUCUUUGCUCUCGGAUGGAGCUUAGUUUUGUAAGUGUCUGAAAAGGAAUAAAAUUUCCAACUCUGUCCUUCAGAUUCAGCUGUAUAGUUACAAACUGCCAUUCACAGCUGUUCGGUAGUUGGAUGGGCUUCAUGGGAGCCAAAGAGCACUAGCGGUUUGGGUCUGUAGGGUAUGACAGCGAAUAAGGAAUUUUCUCUGCCAGGUGGGAUCUUCCUUGUCUCACAGCCAGUUUGUGGUAUCCAGUGCCAUCCCUCCUCUUUUGGCCAGUAGCUGCCACCCUGGGACUUGUUUGUCUGUCCAGUCUUGCACACAAGGAUGCCUUUCUUUGAUUGCUGCUUUUCCACAAGUUGGUCUGUAUUUCCACUGUGCCCUCUGGGGCCGUGGCAGGGUGCCAGUUGUCAUAAUAAGAUUGUGUUCCUUUGGAAACGGUCAUUAGGCAAAGAGGCACUGUUGGGACAAAUAGACCAAAAUGAAUAUGGAGUUGGGUGGCCGACUGGACACUCGGGCACCUUCUAGUCCUGUUUGAUAGUGAAGAAAAGGAGAAGAGGACAGAGAGACACUUGGUUUGAUUUGCAGAGUCCGUUCUGCUCUUCUUCCUUUCUGAUACUUCUUGCAUGCCUUAUGGGCUAAGAUUACAAGAUUAUUCUUCACCCCACCCCACACUUUUUGUCAGUUCCUUUAUUUAAGCACGCCCCAAUCUAUGUCCAAGAGGAAGUCUAGUUUGGAUGGUUCUUUGUUGUUGUUUCUUAAAAGUGUAAUGUUUAACUUUGUUAUUUAUUACUUCGUGUCAGGGUAGGAGCCCACUGUCACCUUAUCUGUGCCCCAAAUCUGCGUUCCCUGCUCCAAAUCCUUCUACAAACCACUUCCUUCCCGAUUUCUUGUAAUCUCCCUUAAGGGAUAGGCUGGGGAAAUUUGGAUACGGUUGCUUUUAAUCUGGGGUUGAGUCGCUGACUGUUACAAAGCAGAUCCUCUGUUUUUUCUUCUCGUGAUGCAAACAUUCCCUCCAAUUUAAGGCUGUGAAAUGAUUCUCAGACAUAAAGUGUUCUCUUUUGUUUUCUUUUCCAAA